AUGAUAAUAAAGUCUUUGUCGAUCGAACAAAAGUUUUAUGACCGCUGCCUUCAACAGAAACCGAUGCAAUAUGGCCUAAUUGUCAGUGGGGUAAGAAAUCAUUUGCAAAUAUUUUUCCAGUCCAUAAGAGAUGAGGAAUGUGUAUUUCUCCUUCUGGAAUCCACCGAAAAGAACUCUGCCGUUACUAAUCUAGAUGGUAUAAAUACCGAAGAUCUAAGGAUUGAAUGCCAGAGAAUAUGUCGUAUGUUGCCAACUGGAGCACGGGUUUCUGGUAUUUACUUUUGCGGCUCUGUCAACGCGAAAGAGUUGGGUUCUCGCGUGAAAGAGCUGUUGCAUGUUAUUUAUCGGGCUGAAAAACAUCACUUGACUGACAAUUUUAUUCCACUUCCCGAACGCGAGAAAGUCUUUCUCCACGUUGACCCAUUAUCAAAAAAGCUAUUGGCUAAAACGAUUGGAUUCACUCAGGCAAAGGAUUUCUUGAGACCCAUUGAUGUUAAGGUUCGCCCAGUUGUCGAUCGCUGGCGGUCCAUUAAAACGUACACAACGCUGUCAGUGGAGACAAAUCUACCGCCUGAGAGGCAAAAGGAGAAGAUCUUUGACGAACUCCAGGACGCCGUUAGACCGUUUCUUCAGGCAGUGCAUGAAAGAACUCGACUUCUUGUCAACGGGGACAUGAAGUCAGACACAGAUCCUCUUUUCUCGGGAAGAUCCCAACGGGCGGCCGUGAAGGCCCCUCGUCACUCACGGCGCCACAAAGACGCCUACUCAACGAAAUCUGUUAAACAGGAUUCUUCUGAAGAGGCUCACCAUGCCGCACACUGGGACCCCUCUACCUUUACUCUGUUUGGACCCGAUUUUCCCUGCUGGCCCCGAACAAACUCCUGUUCAUCGAUCGAUUCGGGACACGGAUCUGAGGCCUUCCCUACACCUACUGACAGUCCGCUACCCGAAGGUACAAAAAAUCUUAUCAUCCACGGACGCAUUCCUGGUCUCGCCUUUCUCCCCGUCGAUGGAACCACCGUUAGUGAUGCUCUUAAGGCCUUCAGACGCGAUUUGAUUCACAGCGUGUUACUGCGACUUGAGCUGCUCACGGAGGAGUUGCACAUUACCAGUGGAGAAUUGGAGGGAAUUGACUUUGGAGCCCACGCCGUUUCUGUCAACUGCUCUAACGCCUACUUUUACUGCCGUUUUGAAGUUUCUCGCAUUCUUCUGCCCCAACGCGUGCUUAUUCACAUUCCCGCCUGCCCGGCCAUCCCGCUUUCUGACUACAAAUUCGUCUCCGAGACACCCGAUGACGUAGUGCGACGCGUCGCCAUGUUCUGCCGUCCUCUGGGCAGUCCGACCAUCGUGGAGCGCGGCGGCAGUGCCGGCGACGACCGCGUCUCCACCGCCGACAGCGGCGAGUUCUCCUCCGACUCGGACUUCAACGUGGACUCCGGCGAGGAGGCCGGCGGCAGACGCGGUUCGACUGCAACAGAGCCCGCUUUCAACGCCUCGUGUCUCGACACCUGCCUCGAGCGCACGUUCGAAGGUAACCGAUGGCAGUGA